GGUUUCCAACACGAGCGCUGUGUUAUUUAAGACCGGCAGAUAACCACAUCUACAGCUGUUCGCUUCGGUGUUUGGUGCCGACUGAACAGCAAAACAGAAAGGAUGCUGCAGAGCGUGUGCAAUCCGAUCGGACGGCGCUUAGUCAACCGGUUAGGCAUCGUACGACGAUGUUGCUACUCGACCGUUCCCUCACAACAACAUUCCCGCCAGCAGCAGCAGCAGACGGCGGCGACGGACUCGGUUCCUGACGAUGUAACAGUCUUGUCGAAGCCGGUCCACCAGCGUAGCGCCCAGCGGAAGCCGUUCGUGAAGUCGCUGUUUCUCGGUGUGGUCGACCAGGAGCUGCUUACGUUUCCCGAAUCGUUAGAUCGGGAAGAACAAGCCCGUCUGGAGAAAGACCGUGCCACAAUCAGUGAGAUGCUCGCAACAGAUGAGGCAAAACCAGGCGCCAGUUCCAUCGGUUUGUUUGGUCUACAGGGCCCACUGGCGCACGGUGGCCGGCAGUUCACAGAAACCGAGUACGCCUACGUAAGCGAGCUGGUGGCGGACGAUCACGGUAAAGCAUUGUUGGCGCUGGAGCACAAUGCGAUUGUACAGCUGAUUACACGCCACUGCAGUGAUACUAUUAAGGACACGUUACUGCGGCAGCUGUGUAGUGGAGAGCUGGUUGCGGCUGCUGCACUAUUCGAAACUGUCUGCUCUCGCGACAGCAUGUUCAGCACGGUAGCCGAGCGGGAUUUUGCCAGCCGAAAGUGGUUGCUCAAUGGCUCGAAAGUGCUGAUCCGCCACGGAGCUACGCCGCACUUGCUGGCGGUGGUCGCAUCCACCAAGACCGUCGAGAAGAUGAAUGCUGUGGACAAUGCAAUGGCUACCUUUUUGGUUGAUACACGUACACCUGGCGUUGAGAUCUCGGACGUGCAGAUCGGGCUGCAGGGCAUCGAGCUCGUGACCGUGCAUUUCAGGCAGGUGGAGGUAUCAGAAGACCAUGUCAUCGGCUCGGAGAGCGGAGGCACGCAGGUCUUAACACAAUUCCUCUCGUCCGUCCGUGUCCAGUCCAGUGUGGUGCAGGUGACGCUGCUGAGGCGGAUCUUGAACGCGCUAACCAGUUUCUGCAUUAACACGCAAACAACGAGCGGAAACAUAAAAGAUAUUGAGGUGGUUCGUGAGCAGCUGGCACGGAUGGCUUGCACUAUCUAUGCUGCCGAAAGCCUCAUCUACAUGACAACGAGCCUGAUGGACGAUUUCGAGAACCAGGACGUGGACGUUGAGGCAGCAAUCACGAAGGUCUUCUCGGCGGAACAGCUGGUGCAGUUCGCCACGCUGCCACUAAAGCUGCUCGGCCCGCAUGCCUUGGCCUCGGACAGUUCGUUCGACUCCUUGCUCAGCGAUGCGCUGAAGCUAUACGUUGGCAUCGAGUCGCUGGAUUCGGUUAAAUUCUUUAUCGCACUCGCCGGGCUUCAGUAUACGGGGAUGCAAACCUACGAGGUGAUCAAGAAGGACCGCAACCCGGCCAUGAACCCGUCGCAUGUGCUAUCAAAGCUGUUCGAGAAAACAUCGAUUGCCAAUCCAAAGAAGUUCGCCGACCUGCAGCAAUUCUUUCACCCAUCGCUCGAUCCGGCGGCACAUUGGAUCGAAUACUCAAUCGUGCGGCUUAAGCUUGCAACCGAGUGUGUACUGUCGCGACACGGCGCCGAGGUAAUCGAUCGGCACGUCGAACUGGCUCGUUUGGCGAACAUUGCUACGAUGAUCUAUGCGAUGAUCGCUAGCGCUUCUAGGGCCUCCCGCUCCUACUGCAUUGGGCUGCGGCAUGCUGAUCAAGAGAUUCAUCUUGCGAACAUGUUCGGCAUGGAGAUGAGCGAGAAGGUGCGCUUGCUGGCGCUGGAGCUGGAGAAGGGCCCCUUCAUCAGCAACGAUGACAACUACAACAUCGUGGCACGGAAUCUGUUCCGUGAAAAGUCCUACUUCUACGAGCAUCCGAUCACAAGGAACUUUUAACUCUUUCAGGCAGUGAUUCAUUUGGUCCAAAAACACCCCUUCCACAGUACCUUUUGUUAGUUUUGUUGGCUAACACGAACAGCACAAAAAGCUGUACGACUGGAAUCCAAUAAAAAAAUUGAAUGAAAAUAGAUGAUAAAUCGUUCGCUCAUGUUGAAAUCUUCUGUGGCGGGGAUUUUUGAUAAAAAGAGUCUGUUACAGUGUUCAGUUUGGGAACUCAAGCAUAUCAUUCUUGACUGUUCGGCAGGAGACAAGGUGAAAACAAAAAUUGCGUGCCCUGUAUAACAUACUCGCGUUUGCCCUAGGUUUUAUUUAGACGUCAAUACAUUUUUGCAGGCUCUGUGCGGCACUGUGCGAACACAAUCCCCAAUGAAUCCUCCAACAAUACAGUUAAACUGAUCUUUUCAACUGGUUGCUCUACUUUAUAUAUUUUAAUAUUAUUAUUAUUUAUUCGUCAACUCAACUGGUCACUUUGGACCUUAUUGAGGUAUGCGUUUAUAAUUAAAAUUGAUCGAAUAUUUGCCUAUCAACCAUGAGUUUCGUCUUG